AUUUUUGUACGGUCACACUAGCAGUGUGAGGUAUAGCAGAGGCGCUAUAUAAACCCGCGGAGGGAUGCCGUACAGUUCAGUAGCGAGGUGCUGCUCUCUGGUGAUAGACGGAUAUUAGCAGUGAUCGACCCCAUAACACGACGCCCUGACGAUUCUUGUGCAAAGUAAAAAGAGAUAUGGACCCAAAUUACACGGAAUUUAACUUCACUGGGACCAGUUUUCCGGAUGGGGGGAUUUUUCAGCACAAACUUCGGAUAUAUACCCCCGCCAUUGUGUACACAGUUAUUUUGAUGAUCUUUGGGUUCUUUGGGAAUAGUCUGGUUUGGAUUGUGUAUUACUGGAGAUGGAAAAACCUAUCUACUCGGAUAUUCAUUUUGUCUCUCGCCAUGUUUGACCUUACCAACUGCGUCAUCACAAUGCCCACAGAAAUUGUCAUAAUGGUGGAUAAUUCUUUUUUUCAACUGGGAUUUGUAUGUAAACUUUCUCGAUUCACGACAUAUCUGUGUAACUCUUCCUCUACGUUGGUGUUAAUUGCAGUCGCCAUUGACCGGUACCAACGAAUCUGCUGCCCCCAUCGUCCGGUGAUGACGUCAUCCACGGCUCGGCGUUGUGUCCUCUGGUUGAUAGUGGUGGCUUUGACCAUAACAUGGCCGGCUCUGGUUGUUUACGGGAAGCACACUGUGAAAAUCAGGUCGCACGGUGAGGAGUUCUCGGUCCCUACGUGUCAAAUUGAGGACGGGUACGUCCAGUCUAUAUUCCCCUUAGUUUUGUACGGGAUCCAUGGAGUGGGCACGCUAAUCACAUUUGUCAGCUUCAUCGUUCUCUAUUCCUUCGUGGCGGUGGCUGUCAGACGUCAAUUAAUUUUCCGUAAGAAAUUAUCUUCCUGCCAAAUGAAGUCAGAAGACGGUUCCAAAAAAACUAUUCUGUCUACUUCCUGUGUGGCGGCCGUCGAGCGUAGCGUCCGUCUGACUGUCAUGUUGUCCGUUGUGACGUUUUCGUAUGUGAUGACGUUUUUACCGUUUGUAGUUAUCGCUAUUCAUCGAUCUAUUCAUCCUUCUUUCUAUCCCACCCUGACUGACUCAGCCAAAAUGGCGUACCAGGUGUUUCUCCGGUCUUACCUGUUGAACUGUUGUAUCAAUCCCAUCAUCUAUUCCUUUAUGAACACUGAGUUCAGAAAACGAUGUGCUUCUCUGUUCAAACAAGGUGUGUGCAAAUUCAUAUCCCCGAAUUAUGAAUUGUGAUUAAUAUAUGUGAUAUAAAGAUUAUUUUUCUAUUUUCGAUUUUUACGUCUUUAUGAAAUAUGUUGUGCCAUCAGUGACCAGUGUCAGGUUUUAUAGAUUGCUUUUGAUAAACAUCGUAAGUUAUUAGUCCUUAAUUAUGUUAUAUUCUAAUGAAUAUUGAUACAGACUGUUGUAUUACUCAACCGUUAAGUCGAUAGGCCAGUAUCAAUCAUGUUUUAUCUAUUCCAAAAACUCUACUGGGGAAGACUGCUCAGAGUAAAAAUGUUUUCGAAUGUAUAGUAUAAUUCUAUCAGAAGCUACUCUAUCCAUUUUCAAUUUCCGAUUUUCGGAGGUUUGGUGAUCAUAAAACACUCCGGAAAUUAUAAAUUUUAAUGUUCUAGUCAUAAACUCUUAAAUUAUUACAAUGUUUUUAACGUAAGUGUAGAAAAACGAAACAAAGUAUGGUUUAAAAAUUCUUUUUAAUUUGAACAUCAUCGAAUAUUUUCAAUCAGAGCUCUUUUUCAGGAGAUUAGAAAGACCACGUUAUAUAAUCUUUCUAGAGGAACAUAGGCAUUUAACGUAUUUAUAUUGGCAUUUAACGUAUUUAUAUUGGCAUUUAACGUAUUUAUAUUGGCAUUUAACGUAUUUAUAUUAGCUUUUAACGUAUUUAUAUGGAUAAAGUACAUAUACAUCAUA